AUACGUACAAAAACAAUAAAUUAAUAAAUAUGAACAUUAAAGAUGAUCAUGAUAGGAAUAGGAACAGAUAGGAUCAGUCGGAAAAAAAAAUCCAAUUAAUAUUAUAGAAUGAAAUGAAUUUUUGUUCAGUCAACAAUGAAAUUCAGUUAAAUUUUAAACGUUGGCGUGUAAAGAGAGACGUUUCGCUCAAAAACUAUAGAAAAAAAAAAAAAAAAUCCAAAUAAAAUGAAAAAUUCUAUAAUAAUUGUUGCUGCAAUCGUUGACUUAUUCAAGAUACUCCUGAUAAUAGUAACGCUAAUUGCCAAGGUCAUGUCCGCCGAUGAUAGCGAUGCUGCUGGUAGCAUUGAAAAUCAUUCAUACGAUAGCGGCAAAGAUGGCGGCGAAGAGCCGGAGGAAUGGCAAGCACGCAAUUUGCAGGAAGAACGUGUAUCCUUAGAUGAAAGAUGCCUGAUAAAUAAAUGUUACAAUUACGAUUUCGAGAGCGCCGAUGUGGUGGCGUUUUUCGAAAAUAAACCAACAAUACGCUUCAUAAAUGGCAACACUUACGAUAUUCGAGAGGCGAAAAAUUAUAGCAGUUUGAUUUUUUUGCAUUCGAAAUUUUACAAUUUCCCUUUAAAUCUAUUUUAUGCGAGCAAAGUGGAAGAGCUCGAUAUGCGAAAUUGUUCGGUGACUGAUAUAACGUGGGAGAAUUUCCUUAUGGCCGAUAAUUUAAGCAUACUAUUAUUAUCGGAAAAUCAUUUAACUGAUAUUAAAUCGAUGACUUUCACUUAUGCUCCGAAUUUGAGUUUUCUAUUUUUGGAUAGAAAUUCGAUUAGUCGAUUACGCGGCGAUAGCUUCAAGGGUUUAAAUAAACUUACUUAUCUGGAUUUACAUGAUAACCGUUUAGAAGAUUUACCAUCAGAUGUGUUUUCCUAUUUACCGGCUUUACAGCAAUUGAAUUUGGCUGAUAAUAUCUUACGCCAUAUAGGCAAUGAACUAUUUGAAAGGAAUGGACGUUUGAACAGCGUGAUUAUGGCAAACAAUUUAUUAGAGUCAUUAGGCGAAUACGCUUUCACCAAUCAACCGCAUUUAAAAGUCUUAGAUAUCUCUCAUAAUAAGCCUUUAAGAUAUUUGGUAGGCAAUAUGCGAGUAGAGCAUCUUUGGGCUCGUAAUUGUUCACUAACGCGGGUGAAUAUCUAUGGCGAGGCGAUUAAUGUCAAUUUGCAACAAAAUCACAUAAUGGAAUUGUAUUUUACGCAACCCGAGUCCUUGGAAACGUUAAAUUUACGAGCGAAUUCUCUGCAGCAGAUAGCCUCGUUAACGCAAGUAGUGAAUCUACGCACUUUAGAUAUAUCGCAUAAUCCGCAAUUGGAAGCGGUGCCUGAUAUAUGGCAGGUCGAUUCAUUGGAACGUUUGGAUCUUAGCAAUACCAGUUUACAGCAAUUACCUCUACUCGCCUUGGCCACUUCACGGCACUUACAAUCGCUUAAUAUUUCAUCGAAUCUCUUCGAAGAAAUUGAUCCGGCCAAUUUCCAUUCUCUUCAGCAGCUAACAAGCUUUUAUAUACACAAUAACAAUUGGAAUUGUUAUAAUUUACGCUUGCUAAUGGAUUUAUUAAUUAAGCCUUUUCAAAUUGUUUAUACGCGCGAUGAUCCUGACGAUGAAUUUCCCGGUAUUUAUAUCGAUGGUAUUAAGUGCAUGUACCGGUUACCCGAAAUGAGUGAAGAGAGAGAAUUUUUUGCUCAAUUAAAACGCAGUCCAUUAUCGGAAAUCGAUAUUAAUAAUAAUAGUGACGAUGAUCCGACGAAUAAUGUCGAAGAAUUAAGAAGCGAACUUAAAGCAAUUGUAGGAAUAUAUGAGCAGAAAUUCGCUAAAGUUAUAGCCAAAUUGGAAGACUUGGAGUCACGUUUAUUGCCUUUCGAAAUUGCUAAUAAAACAAUCUGGCAACACAUUACUGUAACUGUUUAGUUAGUUAUUACAUACUGUUUGUUCUCUUGUUAUUGUUAUUGUUUUAAUAAAUUUUCCUUUUUUUAUAAAUAGAACCAUUAUUGUGACUUGCUUUGUUGUAUUCGAGUCCUUUUGUAAGUAACCAUCGAAAGCGAAAGUGCAUUCAGCCCUCGAGACGGACAUGUCAUUUUCAAUCAUGAUCAAGAGGGACGUUUCAGAAGAUAAUUUCGAGUAAAGACACUUUACAACUUUUUUAAUAGGGCUGCAUAUGCAACCCCCUAGCAGAGCUCUGCUAUGUAGUCAUGACCGAUAUAUGGUUGGAUUGGGAAGCAUACUCCGUCCAAAUUAUGGAAAGUGAGAUACUUCUGUUUGUUUAGAUGGUUUAAAAGGUAUUUUCAUCUACAUUCCGGUGACGAUGGAAUUUUCUGCUUUCUCCUCACUAGAGUCUCAAAUUGGACCAUUUUUCCAUGGUCGGUUUUUGCUUACGUACCAAAUUUUAAAAAUUUGGCAAAAAUGCAGUUCAAUCUUUUUUUGUGCGAUCUUUUUUUGUGUGGUCUUUUUUGGGCACUAUAUGAAAUUGGAACAUAAUUUAUGAAGUCAUCAAUAAAAACAACGGGUAGGUUUAAUUGUUCAUCUAGUUUUUUCGAUAUUUAAUAUGUAUUUCAUCACUUUACAUAAGUAUUGUGUCAGCCAACUACAUUACAUAUAUAUAGAAUUCUAUAAUUGGCGAGAUUCCAUGUAGCUGCUAAGCUGAUCAGCGUUUUGAUUGCGUUUAAAAAAGCAAUUUCUAGGUAUUCCGUAGGGUUGUGGGUUAUUAUGUACGUGAGACGUUUUCUUUUAUGCGAUCUCUAUCCAGCGCACAAAAACAAGUUUGAAUGUAUUUCCGAAAACGAGAAUUUAAAGUUGUUUGAAAGAUAAUGUGAUAUAGAUUCAUGAGGUGUUCAGGAAAUUAUUCUACGUUUCUUAGUUUGGGCAAUACAUGCCUGUAAAUCCAAAUUGUAGCUAUGUUAGGGCGGUUACGAACUCCCUUAACAGACUUGCUCUGUGUUUGCUAGUUAAAUGCGGGCUUAUCUUCAUAUCCUUGCAUAUCAGUUCUUUGAUAUGAUUCGGAAUUAAUUUUUGAAUCCACUUUCCAUAUGCGUUUAAGAGGCAAGCUGAGCAUGAUUGGAAUUGAAACAGACAGAACAAAGAGCUUAAAGAAGAAAAGCUCCUAACUAUGAAGCUUCUCUUCAUUGGAAAGUCGCUUUCGAAAGCAGGUUUACUGUUUUCAGUCUUUUAAGAUUAGACUUAGAUAAUUUUGCUCCACCACCGAACUUCACAGAUACUUUAGAAUGUAUGAAGCAAGUAAAAAAAUUAUAUUCGGCUGUGACCAGUGUUUAUACCCGUUACACCGUUAUCCUAGAAAAGACUAAAAAAAAAAAAGGAACAAAUUGCCCUUGGGCGUGGCUGCUUUCUUCUAUUUUUGCAAAACAAAAGCGGAAAUUUGUACCGUAUAUCUGUUGUAAUAUGCAUAAGCAAAGAACUAAAGAAAAAAUGUGCUUUCAGUUUUUGGUGCAUUGAAGGUGUGACCUUUGACCACCACCACUUUGGGUCAUUUGCAAGUUUUUUUGCAAAUUAGUAAAAGAUAUCCUCAUCUUUGAAGACCGGUGUUGUUUAGCUCAGAUACCACUCCGUUAGACAAGUGGGCAGACGGAGAGACAUACGUGUAUGUCUUUAUGAGGCUUUUUGAGUUUGUAUUUGGGCGUUAUAAAGGUUUUCGAUAAAAAAGAAAGACGAUUUACUAAACUCGUAUAUUGGGUGGGCGUGGCCGAUGUUUUUCGUUUUUGCAUAGGUACUAUAGCAUCGCUUGUAGAAUAUACGUGGACCCUUUUAUCUGACGAAAAAACAAUUUCUUGGAUUCGAGAAGGCGGCAAAUAAAAUUCCUCGAUGGGGCCAUGACUAUAUGUCCGUUCUUUGGAAGUGUGAUUACGUUCGUUGAAACUUAGUCUAGAGAAGAAAGAGAAGCUUAGUUUCAUAGCUUUCCUCAUUACUCGCUAGAUGAGAUUUAAUCUUUACUGGUGGCCAAGUAAUACUGACUCUGCUUGUAUUUUUUUGCUGUGAACAUAUGGAACUCGCUUGUCGUUGACGUUAUAAACUUUUGGUGAAUUAUUUUGCAAAAUCUUUCACAAACGUGUUUUGCCAAUAUUUCCAAGUUUAACAAUCAAUUAUUUGAAGUUCAAUUUAUCUCUCAGCAUAUUUCAUAACAUACCGUACAUGACAAGGUGUGUUCCUCCUAAUAUGAUUUUUUUCUUUUUCAAUUUUGUUAUUAAUAAUCAAAGAAUAAUGCCACGAGGUUUAAGAUAACUCAUAAAUAUUUCCAUUCUCUGCAAUUACUUCUUAUUAUUAGUUACCGACGUUAAAUGAUUUUUUUUUUCUUUUUCUUAAGUGUAAAUUGUCUAAGGUAAUUAUAAUCGUUUAAGAAGCGAGUAAAAGAGAAGAAGGACAGUUAGAUAAAUGAAUUGCAAAUAAAAUUAAAAAAAAAAAAAAAAAAAAAUUCAACAUUGCAAUCAUAAAAUUAAUCAGAUAAAAUUUUUACUCAUACAUAUACAUAUAUAGUUAGUCAGAAUGUUGUUGCUAUAUAGUUGUCGCUAGGUUUUCCUUCUUUUUCUUCGAUGUUACAGACAAACGUUGCAGGAAAAAAACCCAACAGACACAUUGGCACCAGAGUAAAAUAAUUGUUCAGUUGGUAUCUCUUUUAAGUAAACGAAGCUAUAUUUAGACUAGAAAUGCAAAUAAGAAGAUAAAGAAAAUAUUUUUUUUUUUUUUUUUUUUCAAUCACAGUUGAAUUUUUGGUCUUCUUCGCUUAACGUACGUGCGAUUCAUGUUUGAUGUGAAUUCUUUUGUGUCUCUUUUCUCAUUUUCAUGCCCUACGCUGCUUAUGAUAUAUGGUAUACUGGGUAUAGUAAGUUUGUGCGGGUGCACGUAACACCCAGAAAAGCUUAAGAUAGACCUGCUCGUCUGUCCGUCUGCUGUCUGUCCAUGUAUGCGUCUACGUGUUUAAUCUAUAAGUCGCAUUUGUUGAGAUAUUUUAAUGAAAUGAAAGAAAUAGUGGAAACGGAGUGAACGGAUCGGUCCCUCUUUCCGAUCACUUGCGACCUGUAGUUUGAAAGCAAGAAAAGAGGAUAGACGAACGUAUGGGAAAAUUUAAGUCGAUUCAGCAAAUGAUUCUGGGUCGGUCGUGUUAGUAUAAAAAUGGAUCUAUCCCAAGCCUUUCUGUGUGUUCCAUACAUCCACACUUGUACCACAAAUGGUGUAGGGCAUAACAAAAAAAUUUUUAUGUGAACAUAUCUGAACUUUUAUUAUUCGUUGUAUAAAAACUAAAAAAUUAUCAAUUAGUUUAUGUUAUAAGCUUUAAAAUCCAAAUACGAAGAAAUCAUGUCUUCAUCGUAAAGACAAAAUUUAUAACAUAAUAAAUUGGACUAUGGCCGAAUCUUUUAUUCCCAUUACCUUCAAAAGUUCACAAGACUAAAAGCCCAACCAAAAAAAAAUAUUGUAUAGGCGCGAGUGAUUUUUCCCAUUUCUUUAUAUAUACUAUGAAAUCAUUCAUAGAAUAUACAUAAAAAUCUGUACUCUGCGACCCGUUCUAAAUUGAGGUAAAGCAAAAUAAGCAAAAAAAUUCAGACAAAGAAUUAAUGUCUGUUAAAAGCAAAGGCUUCUUUCAAACCUGCCCACAAAUUUUUAAUCCGAUAUUCAUAAUUUCAUAACCGACAUAGUUAUUGACUAAUCCCUACCUAUUCAUCCAUGCCUAGAUCGAUUCAGAAUUUGACACUAAUCAUGAUUAUAUGUACUUUAUCGGGUGUCUGAAGCGAAGGUUUUGCAAAAACGAAUAUAUCCUCGUUGUUCGGUAGUGUGUAUAGUAAACUUACUGUAAACAAAAUUUUUGAUAUACGUAUAUUUACUCUAAAUAAAUAUAUCUCCCUCUUUCUCUCUCUCUCUCUCUCUCACUUUUUUGUUUACCAAUGGCUUGUCGUAUCAGGCUGAUUUUUAGUGACUGGCAAUGCCAGCUUAAAACAUCAACAACAAGUUGCAAUACGAGAUUGCAAGUGAAGAACAAGAGUAUCAUGAUUGAUCGACCGACAAAACAACAAGAAAUGAGAAGUAACAAUUGUUUGGCUAUAGUUUUUCAGGGGGUGAUUGUAAUGAACGCCCGCAAUAGGCUUUAUCCGCUCAAGCUUCUUAUAAAGCAGAUCUUAAAGAAUAUUGAACAAGAUUUCAUAACAUCUCUCGAGAAGCUCAAGGAAAGAAGAUCGCCAGACAUUUGAGGUCUUAAGUGGGUAAGUGCUAAGUGAAUUCACAGUGAACUUAAAAUCCUGCGCCUACGAGGCUCCAAACUUGUUGCCAUAGAAAGGCUUAUUUUGUUGUAAGAACACGCCUUUCGAAGAAAGGAAUGGUUCCGAUAUGCCUAAAUUUUGCCCAUACCUUUAGUAAUUAAAAAUUCUGGUAAAAGUUUGAUGGACAGACAUUGAAAGACCCCGUUGUGUCAUCUUCGCUUAUGUAAUAAUCAGAAUUGAUUGUUCUUGCAUCA